UAACCAUAUGAUAUCCUAACUUCUUUAUUCUUCAUUGAUUAGGUUAUGACAUGAAGCGAAAUCACAUAUUAGCUAGUAAAGUUCCUAUUGUAUGUGGCAAAAACUCGAGUAGGAUGACCUUAGUGGAAGGGAUAGAGCAUUAUAAUAAAUGAUGCAAAGAUGCAUCUUAUUAAGGAGAAUGAAUGCAUAAUCAUCUAGAAAACACUAAACAUUAGUUUUACUUGAUUGCUUUGUUUGUUUGUUUCGUGCAUUAGUAGUGUAGUAGUUCGAGUAAAGGGCACCUCAACCCAUCAUAUUUAUUUUCCUUUGCAUCAUCAUCGCAUAAAAAUUGGUUAGGUUUGAGUAAUUAUCAUCCAAAUACCUCGUGGAAUAUGACCAUAAGACAUCCUAGGAAUUAUCACUCGAUUGCUACGUCACCUGUUACAUUGCCAUCACUCAUAUAGCCUGCAACAAACUUGAUGUUGAAAAUAGACAACCAAUAUAGAGGGAAUGCACAUACGGAGGGGGCAUUUGGGUCGCCCCCGUGUGAGUUACUCUCUGAGUCUCUGUUGCAGGUCUCAUUCCCAAUCCCAAUAUAUUUUUAAAUUUCUGUUUCUAGUUAAUGAUUUUCUUUGUCUCUAAAUUAAAAAAUUAUAUGCAAAAUUUUGGUUUAAAAAUGUUAAUUAAUGAUGAAAAUUAAAUUGAAAAGUACAAAUUAGAUUGCAAAUAAGUAUAUAUUGAAUAUAUAAGAAAAUGUAUAGUUUAUUAGAAGAACUUUAAAAUGUGAGAUGCGAAGCUAAAUUUGAAUAUUUGAAAAUUUUCAAAGUGUAAAUUUAAUAUGGAUUGGAAUUAGUCUAAGGCCCCGUUUAGUAUCGAUUUGUUGUUGUUGUUGUUGUGGUUGCAGUGGCGUUGUGUAAACAGAUGUACAACCACAACAGGAAAAAAAUAGAAAACAGAAACCUGUUUAGUUGAUAAUAUGAAAAAUAAUGAAAGCAGACAACAAGAAACAAAAACGCGUUCAGUUACUACUAUUAGAACUAAAAACCAGAAAAGUGAGGAGGCGGCGAUGGGGGGAAAAGAUUCGCAGUCGGCGGGGAAUCUAAAGGAGGUGGCGGGAGGAAAGGGAGGCGACGGGAAAAGCCAGGAGGCGGGGGAAAGGAUUCGAAGUCGGCAGCGGGGGAAAGGGAGGCGACUGGAAUCGAGAGGAGGAGGCGGCAGGGGUUGCGAGGUCGGCCGACAGGGUAAAGGGAGGCGGCGGGGCAAAGGGACGAAAUCGACGGUGGGGGGAGAUGGACGAUAUCGGCGACCUGGGUCUCGAGAGGAAGAAGUUGAGAGAGGGAGGGAGUUGUUGGGCGGCGGGUUUGGGAGAAAAUGAGGGUAGGGUUGGCCGACUAGGGUUUGGAGGUGGGUUUGUGAGUUAAAAAAAAAAGAGAAAUUUUUUGCUUUGGGUGGGAUUCGAAUUGAGGGUUAUUUUAAUGAAAACAAACGGGAAUCCCGUGUAAAACAUGUAGAAGAAUCAAAUCCAAAGCAAUAAAUUGUUGUUUCUCAAAUUUGGGCCAUGUUGUGCAAAUCUGAUUCACAACAAAAAAUAGAAACCCAACUAAACAUGUUUUUUUUCUUGGUUUCUCCAAUCUUGAAAAAUACAACAGAAAACAAAAACAGGCAACAAUACUAAACGGGGCCUAAGUGAUUGCAUGCCUCAAAAAAUAAAAAUAACAAUGAAAA